AUGUUAUCUAGAGGUGUUAAAAAUCUCAUUUCACUCCAAAAAUCUUACUUGCAAUCCAAAAAUUUUAUUGGAUUGACUUUAAGAAACAAAUAUUACUUUAGGAAUAACAACAAUGAUGAAGGCGAAGAUAGAGCUCCAGAAGGGUUUGAGAAGUUCAAAAGAAGGUCUAAAAAGAAAGCUGAUUAGUCUUAAGGUGAAUAGACUGUUGAAUAGCUUGAAAAGGAAAAUAGAAAAGAUAAAGAAGAAGUUGAAGAAACAGAAGAUGUAAGCGCUUCAAAGUAGAAAUAGGUUAAUGAAGAAGAUGAUGACCCUUUCAAGAAAUUCAAUAGAAAAAGCAAUAAUGAUAAGUAGUCAUCUAAAUCUAGCAAGUAAAGUGUAGAGAAAAAGGAAGAAUCUUCUACAGAAAGCAAACAAUAAGAUAACUAGGAAGUUAAUAAAGAUGAAAGUGAUAAAAAUAAGAAAGAUUGGUCAUUUACAUAUAGUCCUAAAAUCUUUGGAUUCGAAGACAAAAAUUCAAAAAAGAAAGAUGAGUAAAAAAAUAAAUAAGAAGAAAAUCAAAAUGAAAAGAAAGAUGAUGAAAAAGAAGAUCACAAUGAGCAUGAAAAUAAGCGUAAAAAUGAAGAUUCUUCAUAAUCUGAAUUUGCCAAAAAGUUUAAAGAAUUCUGGAAUAGUGGAAACAAUAAAAAAUAUAUCAGUGCAGCUAUUGCUAUUUCUAUCUUAGGACCUUCUCUCUAUUAUUAAUACGAAACUCAACAAUAUAUAUCUUAUACUGAAUUCUAUAAAAAUUAUCUUCAAACUGAUAAUGUUAGAUCUAUCGCUAUAUAAAGAUUACCAAUUGGAAACAAUUUGAAAACUUAUGCUAAAAUUGUAACUAAGGAUGGAUCAGUUAAAAAAAUUGUUUUAGGAAAUGUUGAUCACUUCCUUGAAUAGGUUGAAUAAUACCAAGUCGAAAAAGGAAGAGAUAUUGAAACUCUCAUUCCUAUUUCAUUUGAAUACCUUGUCGAUUUAAAUAAAACACUUGAUUAUUCUUUCUCAUGGUUAUCCACUAUGGCAACUAUUGCAAUCGGUUACCUCUUCUACAAAUCCAUGAAGAGCGGUCUUGGAAGUAUGAAGGGUGGUGGCGGUGGCUAAGAUAUCUUUGGUAUGGGUAAAUCAAAUGUUAAAGUUUUUGGUAUUGAUUCUAAGGUAACAACCAGAUUUAAAGAUGUUGCUGGCCAAGAUGAAGCUAAAUAAGAAAUUUAAGAAUUUGUUGAUUUCUUGAAAAAACCUGCUAAGUAUAAAGCUAUCGGUGCUAAGCUUCCUAAGGGUGCUCUCUUGACUGGUCCACCUGGUACUGGUAAAACUCUUCUUGCUAAAGCUUGUGCUGGUGAAGCAGGAGUUCCUUUCUUUUUCAUUUCAGGUUCUGAUUUCGUUGAAAUGUUCGUCGGUGUUGGUGCUUCUCGUGUGAGAGAUUUAUUCAAAUAAGCUAAGCAAUAAUCACCAUCUAUUAUCUUUAUUGAUGAAAUCGAUGCUGUUGGUCGUAAGAGAGAAAACAAGAUGGGUGGUAAUGAUGAAAGAGAUAACACCUUAAAUCAACUUUUGGUUGAAAUGGAUGGUUUCGGUACUGAUGCAAAUGUCAUAGUCCUUGCUGCUACAAAUAGAAAAGAAUUACUUGAUCCUGCCCUUACUCGUCCAGGUCGUUUCGAUAGAACUAUUGAAGUAACAAAUCCCGAUAUUGAUGGUCGUAAAUAGAUUUUCAUGGUCCACUUAAAACCCUUGAAGCUUCAUCCUUCUAAAACUAUGGAAGAAUAUGCUAAACGUCUUGCUACUCUUACUCCUGGUUUUAGUGGUGCUGACAUUAUGAAUUUAUGUAAUGAAGCUGCUAUCAUGGCUGCUAGAAAAAAUAAAAAAUUUAUUGAAUCAAUUGACUUUGAAUUAGCUUCUGAAAGAGUUAUUGCUGGUUUAGAAAAGAAGAGAAUUGUUUCAGAAGAAGAAAGAAAAAUUGUUGCUGUUCAUGAAUCAGGUCAUGCUGUAACAUCAUGGUUCUUAGAAGGUGGUCAUCCUUUACUUAAACUUACAAUCAUACCAAGAACAAAGGGUUCUUUAGGUUUUGCUUAGUAUUUACCAAACGAAAGCAGUCUUGAAUCAAAAGAAGAAUUAUUAGAUAGAUUAUGCACUAUCCUUGGUGGUAGAUGUGCUGAAGAAGAGUUCUUUGGUAAGAUCACUACUGGUGCUUAUGAUGAUUUGAAAAGAGCCUAUGAAUUAUGUCAUGCUCUUGUAACAAAAUACGGUAUGAGUGAAAAGCUUGGUUAUGUAGGUUACAUUGAAAACGAUUACAGCAAGACUUAUUCUGAUUAGACAAAUACAUUAAUUGAUGAGGAAAUUAAGAGACUGAUUGACGAAGCUACCUAAAGAACAAGAGAUCUCAUUAAGAAAUAUAGAUCUUAAAUCGAAGGGUUAUCAAGUGCUUUGUUAGAAAAGGAAACAUUAGAUUUGAGAUAAAUUUCAACUAUUUUGGGUGAAAGACCUUUCCCUCCCAAGUCAAAUUACAAAGCUUAUUUAGAAUUAUAAGUUUAAGAUGAUGCCGAAAAGGUGCAAGAGUAGGCUGAAUCCACUAUUGAGGGUGAAUCAAACACUCAUGAAAAUAAAGAAAAGGAAAAUGCCUCAGCUGAAAAAGCUUCUCAAUGA